AUGAGUAAUCAGCUCAUAUCUUACACUGCUUCCCUGUCAACAGAUUUAACUUACGGAAACAUGAUGGAUUAUUAUUCAACCAACCCUGGACCUAUCGAUGAUUCUAUCUUAUACGAUCAAGACAAGCAUGUCUCAGCUGCCGUUUGGGAAGGGCAGGAGAGGGGUGCACUCAGAUGCCACGAGCACACCUCCAAGCUCGACCGCUGGCUGCUUACAGACAAACAGAUAGAACUCGUUAAACGAGCCGGUUUUGGCUAUCUGAGAUUAAUCCCGGCAAUCAGCCUCGACAAUCCUCUCAUAUCUGCUUUGGUCGAGAGAUGGAGAAAAGAAACAAACACGUUCCACAUGACAGUUGGCGAGAUGACCAUCACACUCGAGGAUGUUGCUUACUUGCUUGGGCUGAGAAUAGAUGGUGAACCUGUUAUAGGGGUAACUUACACCGCUUGUGACUCGGUUUGUGUCAAGUAUUUGGGUAAGUCGCCCGACUCUGGGUACACAAGUGGCGGGAUGGUGAAGCUGAGCUGGCUAAAGGAGGCUUUCUCCGUGUGUCCUCAGGAUGCGUCUGCGGAGGAAGUCAAGUGCCACACGCGCGCUUACCUUCUUUAUCUCAUUGGGAGCACGAUUUUUUCGACUACUACAGGUAACAAGGUGCCUGUUAUGUACCUUCCGUUGUUCGAGGAUUUUGACGAGGCUGGAAAGUACGCUUGGGGUGCAGCUUCAUUGUCGUUCUUGUACAGGGCGCUCGGUAAUGCCUCUCUCAGGUCGCAAAGCACUAUCAGUGGCUGUUUGACCCUACUGCAGUGCUGGAGUUACUAUCAUCUGAAUGUUGGCAGGCCCAAGCUCCAUCAUGACCCGAUUCACGAAUGCUUUCCUUUUGUACUCAGAUGGAAAGGAAAACACAGUGGUCCGACCUCAAAUCGUGAUGUGGUAUUCUAUCGUAAGGCAUUGGAUUCUCUAAAACCUGCUGAUGUCGAUUGGUGCCCUUAUGCUAAUAUCAGCCACACAGUAAUACCCGAGGAUAUCCUGAAGCAAUUAAUCCUAGGAAGAUCCAAGACUAUGUUGAUAUGUUUCGAUAAGGCAGAAAGGCACCUUCCGGACCGUUGCCUGAGGCAGUUUGGGAUGCACCAAACGGUCCCUGAAGACGUGCAGAGAUGGGAGAGGAAGACUCGUGGUGUUGAUGGAGGGGUAGAUUUGUCCGGCAAAAUGGAGACCGAGCUCAGUGAGUGGGCUAAUCGUCGUUUUCAUAUUGUUGAGGCUGAGGAAGAUUUGGAUGAGGGUGAGUAUAUGAGCUGGUACUUGAGAAUUACACGAAGGAUGGUGGGGAGGCCUAUUCCUAUUUCGUCCGAGUUUCAAAGAAUGACUGCUGCAUUGAGGGACAUUGCCGAAAUAGCAGAUACACUCUCCACACACGGAAUGGAGGACCAGCAAAUACAAUCCGUGACAAGAAUCCGCUAUAUUGCGCAUGAGUGCCUACGGGACCACGCCGGGUCCUCGGCCCUUCUCUUGACCAACUCUGAGGACGAAAUCGGAAAGAAAAGUCGAGGGAAGGAAAGGGUCAGGAGGCGGAGCACAGGCAAACGAAGGCGGAAAGAAGACUUGGAUGACCUUUAUACCCCUAGCUUUCAUACACAGUCCCAUUUUUAUCCUUCGGCCUCUAACCAUAAUGAUGAUGGGGAAGAACAGGUUUUUAGCUCCAUGAUCAAAGAAGAGCAGAGGUGUGUUUGGGGGUGUGGAGUGGAGCUUUGGUGUAGUUUACUGAAAGGGCUAAUACCUCCCGUCCUCAACGAGCCCGCUAUUUCAUCAGCAAUGUUCAAACAAGAAACAACCCAGCUGCCAAGAGCCAUCCACACCAUCCUUGCAAGACAGAGGGUCAUGCUCCAAGGCACUGCCAUGAGUCCCACACCAGCAAACCUCUAA